AAUAUAAAAUUUCCCGCGAAGAGGCCAGCAGAGGCGACCCAGGAUCGCCGGAGCGAAGAGGUGAGGAACAGAGAUCAGAAAUGGCCGACGAGCUCAACCCACACCUACUUUGACCGCCUGAGAGAGCUGAGCUGCUCUGAGAACCUGCUGAGGGGAUGGAGCAGAAACAGGAGCGGGACCGGCGGCGGACGCUGCUUCUGGUGAACCUGGCGUCCAUCAUGGAGCGCGCCGAUGAGGCGCUGCUCCCCGCGGUGUACCGGGAGGUCGGCGCCGCGCUGCACGCCACCCCCACGGGUCUCGGCGCGCUCACGCUGUGCCGCUCCGUCGUGCAGGCAGCAUGCUACCCGCUGGCCGCAUACGCCGCUGCGCGGCACAACCGCGCCCACGUCAUCGCCGUCGGAGCCUUCCUGUGGGCCGCCGCCACCUUCCUCGUCGGCAUAUCCGACACCUUCCUCCAGGUAGCAAUCUCUCGCGGCCUGAACGGAAUCGGGCUAGCGCUGGUGGUGCCAUCGAUCCAGUCCCUGGUCGCUGACUCCACCGACGACGGCACGCGCGGCUCGGCGUUCGGCUGGCUGCAGCUCGCUAGCAGCCUGGGGCUCAUUUCCGGUGGCUUCGUCGGCCUGCUGCUGGCGCAGACCACGGUCCUCGGCAUCGCGGGCUGGCGCAUCGCCUUCCACCUCGUGGCGGCCAUCAGCGUCGCCGUCGGGGCGCUAAACUGGUUCCUCUCCGUGGACCCCCAUUUCCCGACAGGCGGGAGCGACGCCGCCGCCGGCUGCCAGCGCGACGACAAGCAGCCUGCCACCGCGCGGGAGGUGGUCGCGGAGAUUAUCGAGGAGGCCAAAUUCGUGGUGCGGAUCCCGACGUUCCAGAUCUUCGUCGCGCAGGGGGUCAGCGGCACGUUCCCGUGGUCUGCGCUCUCGUUCGCGUCCAUGUGGCUGGAGCUCAUCGGGUUCAGCCACGGCGAUACCGCCGUGCUGAUGACCAUCUUCUGGGUGGCCAGCUCCCUCGGCGGCCUUCUCGGGGGCAAGAUGGGCGACCUCCUCGCCGUGCGGUACCCGGACGCCGGCAGGAUCGUGCUGUCGCAGAUCAGCGCCGGCUCGGCUGUGCCCUUGGCCGCCGUGCUGCUGCUGGGUCUCCCCGACGACCCGUCCAAAGGCGUCGUCUAUGGCAUUGUUCUGUUCAUCAUGGGCGUCUUCAUCUCCUGGAACGGUCCCGCCACAAACUUCCCAAUAUUUGCAGAGAUCGUCCCGGAGAAGUCAAGAACGAGCAUCUACGCCCUGGACCGGUCCUUCGAGUCGGUGUUGUCGUCGUUCGCGCCACCGAUCGUCGGCCUCCUGGCUCAGCGCGUGUACGGCUACCGGCCGCCGGACGACAAGGCGUCGAGCGUCCAGCUAGACAGGGAGAACGCCGCCUCCCUGGCCAAGGCGCUGUACACGGCCAUUGCGAUCCCAUUCGUCGUUUGCACCUCCAUAUACUCGUUCCUGUACUGCAGCUACCCCCGGGACAGGGAGCGCGCGCGGAUGCAGUCCCUGAUCGAGUCGGAGUUGCAGCAGAUGGAGCACGAGAGCUCUUGUUUGGAAGACGGCGAUGGACGACGGCCCAAGGUUUUCGGCUCGGCGAAUGACGGCGAAAGAGCUACAAUUGGUGUUACCUAUGACCAUAAGGAGUUGCCCGAGGCUGAGAAGGAUACUGCGAGGUUGUUAGCGAACCGGGAAUCGUGAUAGGAAACGAGGAUUUCGAAUUGGAAAAUUUUUAGAUGAAUCUUUUGAAUUGAAUCCUGCAGGGUCCAUGCUAGGCAUGACUUCUGAUUAUCGGAGAAAUUGUAGGAUGACGGAGAGUUAUUUGCUGGUAUUUAGAAUGAGUUUGUUCCUUUUAUCUUUUUUUUUCUUUGUGAUUCUAGAAAGUUUUAAGUGUACAACAACUUGAAUUGAUAUCUUGGAACAUGUUGAUAUGCAUGAAAUCAACCUAACAGUAAGUGAUGCUAGUGUUUGAUUCAGCUUCUGCUUGCUUCCACUGAACCAAUGAAAAGUCGAACCGGCGGAGGUUCGAUCCCCGUCUUGCACUCC